CCACCGCUGGAACCCCCCUCCCCCUCUUUCUUCCCUCCUUCAAGCCUCUCUGCCUCUCCUUUUAGUCUCACAUCGGAUGGAUGGAUAUAGCACUGGAAUCCCCUCCGCAACCCGCUCCCAUUGGCUACCUCUGGGAUGGAUAGAGAAACGAUAGCGAUGCAAUAGGACUGGGAUAUCCUCUUUGAGAACCAUUUGUCUUCCAUUGGCUGUAUAGAGAUAGAUAGAGAUAUCAUGGUUAAAGGGAGGCACCUACAGUACCUAAGAGAUACAGUUACUACCUACGUAGCUACAAGCUUCCUACCUACUGGACCUACCUAUAUACUGCUGUUCAGGGGAAUACCGUCUACUGCUAAAGGAAAUACAGUCGCUAUCAAACUAGCUGCUGUGAUUGGGGAAGAUAUCACAGGGAGAUUCCAGAAAUGAGGAAAAGCGCUCUGCGGUGGUCUAGGUGCUCGUCUUGGAGGGGGUUUUCGUUGAUCUGUCAUCUGUGACUCCGUGAAGGACCACCAAAGAGGCUUAAAGACCAAGAUACGAAGAGGGAGAUAGAAGAGAGGGCUGUUGGUUGUUGAGUAAGGAGAGCCUUGGUUGGUUUUUCCUAUUCAGACAGGGCUUCUGCAGAGGACAGCCAGAGGUGACUGCCAUAGAACAGCCAAAGGAUAUACAGCUACAGUACAGCAACAUGCCUGAAGCCAACACCAUGCUCUGUGUCUCCUGGGGGUACAUCAAGGUGUGUUGGGGACUCGGGGUAAAUGUGUGUUCGUGGGGAGGGGGGGGGGGGGUCGUUCAUAUGUGUAUACUUGUAGCACAUUCUAGUAUUUAUUUGCGUAUUGCAUCAGAUUGAUUGGCCACUACAGCCCACAGCCCAUGAUCUCAACUGAAUCAAUCUCACAACAUAGUUGUUGUGCAUUAGUUUCUAAACAGAAUAAGAUGUGUGUGCGGGUAAAUGUUUGGUUGAAAAGCUACUGCAGAAGUUUGGUUGAUUCUGGCCCUAUGCUGUACAUAUUUAUCCAGAAAUACAGAAAUCUUUGAUUUGUUUUCUAAAUAUCUCAAAACAGGACUCUCAAAUAUCCUAUACUGUAUAAAGAUAUGCAAACUCCUUAUAUGGUAUCAAACAAACAAGCCUAUUCCCUUGGGCUCCAAUACUCCACAUUAGUGGUGGGCGGGUCAGCUGUUUGUUCACCUGCACCAGCCCGCAAUUGCUAAUAACCCAUCCGCAAUCGCCAGACUAUGUGAUAAAGUGAAAAACUCUUUUUUGACAGGGGUUGCAGGAUUUUAUUUUGCCUAAUUUAGAUAUGUUUCUGCUUAUAAUUGCCAACAUUUUGGUAAGCUAUUUGUUAGUCAACGUGUCUAUAAUUAGAUACAUGCAGCUUCUCAUCUGUCAUUAUAUGUUGCCCUUGAAGACUAAAUAUACCCUUGCUCAUCAGAAUAAUGUCAUAAAUGAAUGCUUCAAUCUAGUUGACGUAGGUAAAGUUUUCUCUGUCAUCUCUGCUUCUUUCGCAGAGCAAAGACGUUUAGGGACCGGGGAGAAAAUGCAAUAGGCCUGUAAGGAAAGAGAAAGCUGUGAAAACGACCCAACAUGUUUCUAAUAAGAUUUCAGUUCGGCUUGUUUGCAUAUUUUAUGUAGUUUUAGUUCGGCUUGGAUGCAUAUUUUAUGUGGUUGAAGUACUAUCAGCUUUUAUGAUGCUGAUAAAGGUAGCACCUCUGCAGACGGUCCCUAGGUGCGCAUUCACAUUCUCUCAAGAUGCUGAAAGAAAGAAAUAAUAUUUAUUUUGUUCCCGAGUCAAAAUGUACAUUUGGUGUAUCAAAUUUACUGCAAGAAAUGCUUAAUUUUGCAGGAAUUAAUAUUAAGACUAUGUGAGAAGUUAUAGUCCUACAAUCAGUGUCCAGAUUUCAGUUUCCAUUUAACCCAUCUGAACAGUAAGCUACAGUUAUUCCCUUUACGUGCCAUAGGCCUAUUUGAAAUCCCUUUCUUGUGAAUGUCGAAUUUGUAUAGCGCCUCACAAUCAACACACAUAACAUCUGGCACUGCUAUCAUCCUCUUUUACCACUUCACCAAAUCUUUCCCAAACAAUACUUUUCUGGCCCUCCCUUCUCUUUAUUUUCAACUCUCCAUUUCGCAGCUUUUUUCUUAGUGAAUUAAACUCCGACAUUGUCCUUUUUGCCUAAGUGGAUAGACGUGAACUUUUUCUGCCUGUUUCCAAAAGUGUUUGGCGUGUAGGCUAUGUAGUGCGUGUAAAGUUAGGCCCUAAAGCUUAGGUUUACGCGCUAAUGCCAGAUAGCCUACAAAUUAUGAGAAAAAACCCUCAAUGUAGCCUAUAGAUAUAAAUUGCACAAGAAUUAUACAUUUAUCGAUUUUUUUCAUGUGUUGUUUCAACCCGACCGCCACCCUAAACCAACCUGCACCGCUGGGGAAUGUGGUUUAUGAGUCAACCCACUCAUCACUACUUCAAGUCAACAGAAACUCCCUGGAAACAAGUUAUGCCACUACCCCAGGGCAGCUAUUUCCUGUUGGUCUCCAUGCAGUAUAUCUAAUAAGGUGUUGUGUAGUUUUGUAUUUCCCCAGUUUGAUAUCUUGCUUGUCUACAUGCAUUAUAUCUACAGUUAAUAUGGUGUUCCGUCAUUUUCUGUUACUCCAGUUCAAUGUCUUGUUGGUCUCCAUGCAGUGUAUCUAACACAGUGUAUCUAACACAGUGUAUCUAACACAGUGUAUCUAACACAGUAUAUCUAACACAGUGUAUCUAACACAGUGUUGUGUCAUUUUCCGUUACUCCAAUUCAAAACAAAACCGUUUAUAUGCUUCCCACUGCUAAUUGGCAACAGGAAAUGGCUGACCUGAGGUAAACUAUUUUAUCCAAAGCUACUUAGUACGUUCUACGUAUGGGUGGUCCAUGGGAAUCAAACCCAUGCUCUACCAACUGAGCUAAAGAGUCUAUCUAAUGAUGAUCUAACAUGGUGUUGUUUCAUUUUGUGUCUCCCCAGUUCAAGAGGAUGUUGAACCGGGAGCUGACCCACCUGUCAGAGAUGAGUCGCUCCGGCAACCAGGUGUCAGAGUUCAUCUCCAACACCUUCCUUGGUAAGUCAAGUCACACACGCCUGCACGCAAACACACACACACACACACACACACACAAAUACAGACACACAGACACACACAAACACACACGCUCUUGAAACAAAAUAACUCAUCUCAUUUAUUAUCUCUAGCUGUGUUAAUGGACAAUACCUAUGCCUCCUUUGGCUGAAUGGUGAUGUUUUAGGUAUUAUUGGCUUUUACACAAAGAGAAACAAAUCAUAAUAAUAUAAUAAUCAUAAAUGAUUAAGCAGGAGGAGAAAAGAGGUUGAGGGACAGAGAGAAAGAGAUGCUGUGGAGUGGGGUAUCAAUGUGGAGAUGCACUAGUUUCAAACCAGUCUGAUCUGGUCUGCUGGAGUGCUCCCUCUGUCUCACUGCAGAGCGAGGGAGGAAGGGAGGAGCAAUUCUACUCUUCCCUGGGACGCCGUCCCUCUGUCGUUCUGCAGAGCGAGGGGGAGAGGGAGAGAACGUGAAAGAGAACGAAAGAGAGUGUGUUUGUUACGUGUCUGUGGUGUUGCCUCAUCUCUAAAAACCCAGUGACACAUUCCAUGGCUCCUUGCCAAUUAGCCAGCGCUAGCUGACUGCACAGCACAGAGAAAACUACUACUCUGAGAAAACUGCGCAGUGCACCGACUCGUAAACAAGCCUCCAUCUUUCUCUUCACGGAUGAAAAAACAGAUGGAGAGAAAGAGAGGGAGAUGGUAGGAGGGAGGAAGUCAGGAAGAGAAGGAGGGACAUUGAUAAGCUAUAAAGAUACGUUGAUGAUAAGAUUUGAAGAGAUAUUAAGGUAGAUAGAAUAAAGCGAAGAGGGAGGAAGAGAGAGAGAAUGGAUAGUGAUUUAAGGCAGAAUUUUUUUGUGUUCUGCAUUGCGGCUAGUACCUGUCAGGUCGAGGCAAAUCAUCUUCCUACGCCUCAUAGAGAAUAGAACUGAGGCAGUGUGUGAAGCAUUGUGUGAAAAACACACACACGGUUAGCCGCAGAAUCACAUACACGGUCAGCUGCACACACCGCGUGACGCUAACAUGUAGCGCCUCAAGAGAGGUCGCUUCAGCGCCACCAGAACAAGCCAUCCUCCAAACACUUCUCCUUAAUACAACAAAGCAGCAGCCAACAUUUCUAUGCGUUGUUAUGGUUUGGCAACAAGCUUUUAUUUAUCCCCAAACGCUAUUAAUCUCUCCACUGAGAAUUGACGCCUCAUUGAAUAUUAGGGAAUUUCUCUAAUUCUAUGAAUAUAUCACAGAAGUUACACCAUUGUUUUUCAUUAGCAUGUGUUUGCUAUUUAUUUGUUUUUAACAUGUUAUUUCUAUGGCAUUAUGUUUUCCCUAUACAUUGAAUAUUGAAAUAGUUUAUUAUGCUGAAUGUCAGUUUGCUCUUUGCUAGUGAAUUUUAACUGAAGGAGACGGAAGAAAACGGAAGAGAACAAGAGAAGGGCUAGAUUUUUUGAAAGAGUAAGAGAAUGACUGUCAGUAGAUGAGGAAGACUGAAUGGUCUAGUCAGAGAACCAGUACAGACCAGUUACUCAUAUACACUACUGACUGAAUGAUUGUCCACUCAAGUCAAUGUAACCUCUUCUCCCAAUGCGGUGCAAUUACCAUUUUACCAUGUCAAUUCAUGUUAUGUACUGUAAAAGAAAACUGAGGAGUGUCAAAUUGCUUUGUGAUUGAAAUUACCACAAAGGUUGUUUGUGAGUCUGUCUUUCCGACUCAGUGUUUUCAUUCCAUGGUGCAGUAGUUGAACCCCUUUUCUUCUCCCUCCACGCCUCCAUCCCUCCAUCCCUCCUUCCAUCCAUCCCUCUCACCCUCCAGACAAGCAGAAUGAGUUGGAGUUGCCGUGCCCUAUGGCCAAGACCAGGGAGAGGAAGAAGAGGCCCCACCCCCAGACCCAGCAGGGGGGUCAGACUCAACGUCAAGGGACGAUGACCCAGAUCAGUGGGGUCAGGAAGGUCAGCCAAACCCCCGGGCUCCAAGGCUGCAGCGUCAGCCGCUUCGGGGUCAAGACAGACCAGGAGGACCUGCUGUCUAAGGUACUUGGGAAGUCUGUACUUUACACUGGAGGGGUAUACUAUAUAAAGCAGUGUCACUGAGUUAGCCAGCUAACAUUGAUAAAAAAAUAAUAAUAAUAAUAAUAAAAAUGUUUAGCUAAAUAUGUUUUUGGUUGUUGAGUGAACUAGAGACCAUGCCCAUUUCAAGCUUAUCUUUCAAAAAAGACAGGGCGGCAGGUAGCUUAGCGGUUAAGAGUGUUGGGCCAGUAACCGAAAGGUCGCUGGUUUGAAUCCCAGAGCUGACUAGGUGAGAAAUCUGUCUGUGCCCUUGAGCAAGGCACUUAACCCUAGUAGUUCUGGAUAAGAGCAUCUGCUAAAUGACUAAAAUAUAAAUGUAAGAAAGACAAACCAAUAAAGUAGGCUAAUGAUGAGGUAUCACCUAGUGACAAACACAUUUUUAUGAUGAGCUUAUUUGUUUUUAUCAAUGUGACAAACUGGUAACUGACAACAUAUUAAGUAGAUGUCCCCAAACCUAAGGUGCACAUAUUCUGCUCAAGGUUAGGACACCAAUGGAAUCAUAAAGCAAACGGCACUUUUUGAUUCUUGAAUUGAAAUUCCAAUACAAAUAUCUGGAUAUUUAAUUUGUCUUCCUGAUUAUAAUUCAUUGUGACUGCACCUUCCGGCCAUCUCUCUGCAAGAACGUACCCUGACAAUUUCUCUCUCUUUCUCAGGACCUUGAGGACAUCAACAAGUGGGGUCUGAACAUCUUCAGGGUGGCCGAGCACUCCCACAACCACCCGCUCACAUGCACCAUGUACACCAUCUUCCAGGUCAGUGCUCUUCCUCCUCUUCCUCCUCUUCCUCCUCCUCCUUUUCUUCCUUUUUUGUUCCUGUCAGAAUGCUGUGUUUUCUCUGACUGAGGUGCCUUGCAGACACACACACAGGGGGGGGAGUCACCAGCACACAGACUACAGUACUGUACAUCAGCACUCUAUGUUCUCAAUAAUGUGUCCUCAUCUUCUGGGUCAGUAGCUGAAUGAUCAGUUAUGCUACUGUAGAAGGAACUAGUCUAGGAACUAAUCUAGUCAUAUGGAUAGGUGGACAUUAACACACAGUGCCAAUGAAUUACUUAGCCAGCCAAGUCAAGCAAUUCAUUUUCCUUAGCAGUUUUUAUAUUGUAAUUGCCUUUUGUUUGACGAAGCCAUUGCAAUUUAAACAGACAAACUCAAAGUAAAACCAAAGUCAAAGUCAUUUUAAGUUGAAGUAAAUUGAAAGGAUCAUCAGAGAGUGGUUAUGGGUUGUUGUGUUACAUACAGUAUGGUAUAUUAUAUGGGUUACAUUUCUCCUUUAGUUAAUGAAUGGUGGUGUGUUGUCUUGUGUUGGUGUGUGUCCUGUGCAUGACCAAGACCUGAUGAAGACGUUAUGGGUUACAUUAUUUCCAUUAAGCUAACAGUGCUGUGUCUGUUUGUGUGUCCCAUGCAGGAGCGAGACCUGAUGAAGACGUUCAAGAUCCCUGCGGACACAUUCGUGACCUUCUUGUUGACCCUGGAAGCACACUACCACUCAGAUGUAGAAUACCACAACAGCCUCCACGCUGCAGACGUGGCCCAGUCCACACACAUCCUGCUCGCCACACCCGCUCUGGACGUAAGUGAUCUGACCCAACUCUACUUAAUAUCAUCCACUUAUAAUUAAUAACUAAUAAUAUUAUCCACUUUUUCUUCUUGAUUUGUGUUGAAUAUUCUGAGGAGUGACUAACAACACUAUCUCACAUAGCAAACCUCUAAGUCAGGGCUCUCCAACCCUGUUCCUGGAGAGUUACCCUCCUGUAGGUAAACUGCAGGUGUGCUAGAUUAGGGUUGGAGCGAAAAUCUACAGGACGGUAGCUCUCCAGGAACAGGGUUGGAGAGCCCUGCCCCAAGUAAUAAUAAAUAAUGUAUACCAGCAAGUGUUAUCAGUAAACACACAUGUACAAUGUCACACCACUCCACCUAAAUAUGUCACUGCCACUCCACCUAGUUAUGUCAGACGAUAAUGAGUUAUUACCAGAUUCAUAUGUGUUACUCUAUCUUGUCAAGCAUGAUUUUUAAUGCAGUGAAACCUUCACUCUCAAUGUUGAAAACUCAUCAAAUCUCUCCUGUUUCCUUUUCCAUCUCCCCCCCGUCCUGUCCAAUCACAGGCCGUCUUCACAGAUCUGGAGAUCUUGGCGGCCAUCUUUGCGGCAGCCAUCCAUGACGUGGACCACCCUGGGGUCUCCAACCAGUUCCUCAUCAACACCAGUGAGUACAUUCUCCAUCAAAAUCUAACAACAGCGCCCAAUUCAUAAUCUCUGCUACUUUGGUACGACUUUAUCUUAGCAUUUAUAAUUUCUUGACAUAUUUGAAGAUACAAGUGAAAUAUUCAAGUUUCAAAUGCAUCGUCACAAAAACCACAUAAGUAAAUGUUUUAGAAAACACAUAAGUUCACAACGUAGAUACUAAUAAACUGGUAAAUAGCCUUGUCUGAGUCAGAACGGCCCAUAGGGUAGGAGCCUAUCUCUGGUUUCUGUAGUAUGAUGCCUGGAGACAGGACACCAGUCUAUCGCAGGUAGUCAUGGUGGGUUGGCUAUAUUUGAUCCAGGGAAAGCACCCAUUAUUGUUUCCCUAUUUCUUCUAAUCAGUCCGUCUCUCUGUCUCUGUCACUCUCUGUCUGUCCAGACUCAGAGCUGGCCCUGAUGUAUAACGAUGAGUCAGUCCUGGAGAACCACCACCUAGCCGUGGGCUUCAAGCUGCUGCAGGAGGACAACUGUGACAUCUUCCAGAACCUGACCAAGAAACAACGCCAGUCCCUCAGGAGGAUGGUCAUAGACAUGGUGAGAGAAUGUCCCGGUUCUGACCAAAGAUUUUUGAUUCUGAUGUCCCAUUCGUAUGAGUCUCUUGACCGCGUGUCGGUCCGUUGGUCCGUCCGACGGUCCAUCUUUCUAUCUCUGGCUCAAUUCUCAAUUCCAUUUUUAAAAAUGUAGGUUUCUUGGCAUCAUAGAUCACAAAUCAUACAUUACUGAAGCAUAAACAUGUAUAAAUCACUAACAACAAUCUGUCUCUCUCGCUCUCUCUCUCUCCCUCCAGGUACUGGCCACUGACAUGUCCAAACACAUGAGCCUACUGGCUGACCUGAAGACCAUGGUGGAGACCAAGAAGGUGACCAGCUCUGGAGUGCUGCUGCUGGACAACUACACAGACAAAAUACAGGUAGGAGCUCACACUCACAUGUAUAAGAACGCAUGCGCAAACACACACACACGCGCGCGCACACACACAGGUGGACAUACAGGCAUGUAGGCUCACACAAUCCUCUCUCCGACCCCUCUCUUCCAGGUGAUGCGUAACAUGGUUCAUUGUGCAGACCUGAGCAAUCCGACCAAGUCCCUAGACCUGUACCGCCAGUGGACCGACCGCAUCAUGAACGAGUUCUCCCACCAGGGAGACCGGGAGAGGGAGAGAGGCAUGGAGAUCAGCCCCAUGUGUGAUAAGCAUACGGCUUCAGUGGAGAAGAGCCAGGUAGGUUACUAAUACAUGUACACAUAUACAGGUAUGAACGCACACACUCAUACGUACAGUACACACACUGCUCGCAUACACACGUGUAUACACAUCUUACACGUGCACAUACUGUUUGCACACACACACACACACUCUCGCUCAACCCGCUCUACUGCUAUUAAUACAGUAUUCAUACACACUAUUCUAUCUUUAAAUCUCACACCCUCCUCUCUCUUCUCCCUCUCUCCAGGUGGGCUUUAUCGACUACAUCGUCCACCCUCUGUGGGAGACGUGGGCCGACCUGGUGCACCCUGACGCCCAGGACAUCCUGGACACCCUGGAGGACAACAGGAACUGGUACCAGAGCAUGAUCCCCCAGAGCCCCUCUCCUCCCUUCUACACUGGCGACGGAGAGGGGGAUGGAGAGGGAGGAGAAGGAGGUCACAAGUUCCAGUUUGAGCUGACACUAGAUGACGGACAGGAUGAGGAUGGACAGAUAGGAAGGGAGGAGGGCGAGCGAGGGACAGAAGGGGGACGGUCGCCAAUGUACCAGGGUGGAGUAGAGAUGGAGAUACGUGGGGCUUCCCCCACAUAACAAGCCUUGACCCUUGAUCUUUAUAAAAGCACCAGUUUUAGGCUGUGUUUGGUGUAUUGUUUUAUUGCAGUGGAGGAAUCCUGCAAUCUGGCUCUUUGGAGCUGCUCUGCUUGUGCGCGAGGGCCUGACUGACUUAUGGCCCCUGCAGAAGAGGGUGGGGGACCCCAACACUUGGUUUGGGAACCCUCAGAAAGAAGAUUAUGAAGAGUUGAAGAGAGUGAUGCCUUGA